AUGGCGGGGCGAAACGUUGGUGUCAGGCGACGCAGCGUUCCCGGGACGCCGCUCCCGCCGCGCGUUCAGAAACCCGCCACCCCUCGAACCGACCUCCUCGCCAAGGAGGAAGAAUAUAAGCGUUUAAAUGCAGAAUUGGAAGCAAAAACAGCUGACCUGGUUCGACAAGCUGAUGAAGUAAUAAGAGAUCAGCAAGAAGUACGAAGUAGGCCUUUGGCAACACAAAUUAAAUCAUACAAAGAAGAAGAUGAUAACAGUUUAAGAGGUCUAUUAUCUGAAGGCAUAGUUCAACUUCAUUCAGAAACUAAGCCAAAGACCAAAAACAUUGGUUCGAUAAACAAGGUUCAAAACAAACUACACUCUGGAAAUAAAGAAAGGAAAACAAAUUCAAGUGUUAAAUUGAAAUGCUCUGAUGUAGAAACUGCUAAUGAUGUUGCCAUUCCGGACGAUUUCUCAGACUUUUCUCUUGCAAAAACAAUAAGCAAAAUUGAAGGGCAACUGGAGGAAGAAAACUUACCUGAAUGUAUGGAUGAGGAUCUUUUCUCUGGUGUUAGUAAUGACAUUGGAACAGAAGCUCAGAUCAGGUUUCUAAAAGCCAAACUCCGGGUUAUGCAGGAGGAAUUGGACAAUGUUGUGUGUGAAUGCAAUAAAAAGGAAGAUGAAAUUCAGGAUUUAAAGUCUCAAGUAAAAAACUGUGAAGAAGAUUGUUUGAGACAGCAGCGAACAAUUAAUAUGCAACAGUCUCAAAUAGAAAAGUAUAAAACUCUCUUCGAAGAAGCAAACAGAAAAUGUGAUGGAUUAGUUCAAGAGUUGUCUUCAAUAGAAAGGGAGUUGGAAAAUAAAAGGCGGCAACAAAAACAGGCUGCAAGCAGCCAAAGUGCUACAGAGGUUCGCUUGAAUAGAGCUCUAGAAGAAGCAGAAAAGUAUAAACUGGAGUUAAGUAAGUUAAGGCAAGACAGCAAGGAGUUGGAAAAUAAAAGGCGGCAACAAAAACAGGCUGCAAGCAGCCAAAGUGCUACAGAGGUUCGCUUGAAUAGAGCUCUAGAAGAAGCGGAAAAGUAUAAACUGGAGUUAAGUAAGUUAAGGCAAGACAGCAAGAAGCUAGAAAAACAAAAAGGAGAAUUAAUGAUAGGAUUCAAGAAACAAUUAAAAUUAAUUGAUGUUUUAAAAAAGCAGAAGAUGCAUAUUGAAGCUGCUAAGAUGCUAUCUUUCACUGAAGAGGAAUUUAUGAAGGCACUUGAAUGGGAAAAUUCAUAA